CUCUCCGCUCCAUACUCCACACCAACACCCAGAUCUAGCACACCAUGGCAGCAGCGCCGCCGUCGCUCCCGGACGAUCUCAUCCAAGAGAUCCUCCUCCGCUUCCCAACCGACGACCCUACCUGCCUCCUACGAUCCUCCCUCGUCUGCAAGGGCUGGAGCAACAUCAUUUUCCACCCCAGCUUUCGCCGCCGCCUCCACAAGAUCCACGAGGCAUCCCCCGUGCUCGGCUUCCUCCACGACGAGGCCAACGAGCGCACCCCGUACUUCAUCCCCACCACUGCGUCGUCCUUCUCCCUCGCUGCCCCGGACCACCGCUCGUGGCGGGCCCUCGAUUGCCGCCAUGGUCGUGCCCUCUUCCUGUCCAGAUCCCAGGAUGCCAAGGAACUCCUCGUGUGGGAGCCAAUCACGGGUACCCAAGAGCGUGUACCGCUGCCUGUAGCGUUCGAGUUUGGCUACUCGGCGGCGGCCGUGUUCUGCGCAGUGGAUAGGUGCGACCAUCGCGGCUGCCUUGGGGGUCCUUUCUGCGUGCUUUUCGUCUUCUCCUCCAAGGAAGACGCCGACGAGUAUGUAACGUCGGCAUGUGCAUACUCGUUAGAGAUUGGUGCCUGGGGCGGGAUGACCACAAUGCACGGCGAGUUCAUAGGGUUCACAAAAUAUUCAAGUGUGCUCAUUGAUAGCUCUUUGCUCUACUUCAUCGUCUACGACUACGUGGACACUGAGUCAAUCCUGGAGUAUGACUUGUCAAGGCAUGUUCUGACUAUAUUCAGCGUACCAGGCAACUAUUAUGACUGCACAUGUACUCUCAUGGUGACGGAGGACGGUGGGCUUGGAUUAAUCCAAGACUUGCGUCGGCAUCUCAAGUUGUGGACAAGAGAGGCGAGUGAUGGCACUGAUGCAAAAUGGUUGCUGAGCCGGGUCAUCUACCCGCACAAUUUGCUCCCAACCAGUGCUUUGUUGGAUGAAUGUUAUGUAGUGGCACUGAAGGCCUUUGCUGAGGGAGCAAAUGCAAUUUUUUUUACUACAGUUGUCGGCCUCUUUGCAAUUGAUCUACAAUCUGAGCUGGUGAUGAAGGUGUCCGACCAUUGUGGCUUCCGUUUCCAUAAAUUUAUUCCAAUUGUCACCUUCUACACUCCUGCGCCAAGAGGCGACCACCAGAAUCAACUGCUAUCGAAGCCUAGUGAGGAGGCAUGUAGUGGGGAGGGGGGAGAGGGGGAGAAAACAAUACAUCAGGCACACGAGCUGUUCAAUAAGGGGUCCAAUGCUAUCAAUGAGGGAGAAUUUGUCAACACCUUUGAAUGCAUCAGCCACGACAAUAUGUUAGGGUUCCGCAUCAUGAGGAAGUUGCUCUUGGAUGUGCUGCCACGUUCAAGAAAUAUGGAUGCACAUACAAUGCUCAAGAGGUGAAUGAUUCUUUGGAUGAUGUUACUAAGAGUGUGUCAAGUGAAGAAUCGUUGAAGGGCACAAGCAGCAAAGAUGAUGCUGGGGACUCAAAUACCUCUGGUAGCAAUGUUGAGGUAGCUGCUCCGUCUUCUGAGAAAGGUGAUUAUCAAGAAGGUAUUGUACAUCAUUGUCCCUUUCUUUGCCCCAGUGGUGAUGCCAGGGCUGCGCAACUGUGUGGUGAAAUACUUUUUCCAGUGAAAUUUGCAUUCUUCUCUAGGUUUCUGCAUGAAAUUUCAAUUCUAUGGAAUAGUUUCACAAAAAAAAAAUUGGAUCACCCAGCCGUGCAUUUUUAACGAGCCACUGCCACUGCCACCGGAUAGAUACACACAGAUAAAAUGGCCAUUUAAUCAUAUACAAAAGAAUGUCUUGUUUGGGACUUGGAAGGAACUGUUUGCUGUUUGGACUUUUCUCGUUAGUUCUCGUCAUCAUUCAAUAGAAUCACGUUUAAUAUAUGUUGUUCUGGUAACAACUAUUUUUUAAUCAUAUAGAUAGUACAUGAUGUUGCUGAAAGCAUAAAAUAAUUCCAUUUCUGGGAAAAAAUAUUGUUCGGGUUGGCCAUAUCUUAAACUUGUGUCUGGUGUCGUAUGUCAGCCAUUUGCCUUCUAAAUUUGUAUACAUAUAUUUUAUCUUUCCUACAUAUACACUUAAAUAGCAAUGCCAUUUUGACAUAGAUGGAUCUAUCUAGAUAGUGUACUUGCACAAGGUAGCUUUUACUACAUAAGAGCUACUAUUUUGGAAAGUGCCUUCUGAGCACGAGCUCAUAUGCACGGGUUAUCUUAGCCAAGCGUUCGCUCCAAGAUUCGUACUGCAUCUCGUAUUUCAGUAAGUAUUUGCGUUGUACAUUCCUGCAGUCAUUUCAUAUGGCCCACAUUGUUCAGACACUUAUUGCAACGUUUGUCGUUAUGCCACGUCCGGCCUAGGUGUUCUCAAAUGUUGUGGCCCGUCUUCAAACACAGAUCCAGCUCGGUAGCUUGCACUGUGCAUUUCCUUGCUGCUGCCACAACGUUUGCUCGCCCCAGUUCUCGUCCUUGCGCUGCUGCUGUUACUGUUCGUGCGGCAAAGCACUUACAUGACGUGCGUGUGGAGUACGUUUAGCAUCCGGUUUACGAUUUAUUUAUGUCAAUCUGCCCAAGCAGUGCGUCCUGUU